AUGAAUCGAGACUACUUGAAGAAUCUUUAUCUCCAACGACUGGAGUCGGAGCGAUACUCUGACGUGUUCAGAGAAAGCAUGUCCUCCCUCGUAUCCACAGAGAUAAUAAAUGCUGUCAUAUCUCUUGCGGUUCAAGACGAUGACGAGACUAUGCUUGUGGACCUCCUGGAGCUAUUUCUUCAGAACUUGGAGAGCAACGUUGUAUUUCAUGAAAAGCUCACUAAGUCGAGCUUCCACCUUCUCCUGUUUAAGCGGCCGCUGGGGAUCCAGAGCUACACAAAGCUGAAGUCUAUCUACGAUAGAGUUGGAUCGAGAAGAGUUGUCCCCGGAUUUGAGCACACCGAGUUUCUUAGCAAGAACUUCUAUAACUACUGUCUGUACAAACAUGCAUACAAGGACUACCAGUUUGACCUUGAGCUAGAUGCAGGAAGCCUGGGACCUGUAGAAACUAAUCUGUUCAAGGACCUUCUCAAGGCAGUGUGCAUUGAGAAUAGAGAGAACGAGCAUCUUGCCAACUACAUAAAGACCCUUCCCAUGGACGUGUCUGUGUUCCUUGCAAUAGUGAUGCCGGAUUUCAGAAUAGAUGCAUCCAGGCUUGGGCCUGAGGAUGUGUUUCUUGUGUGUCCUUCACAGGUUAGAGGAUACGACCCAAAGCAGUUUACAAAGGCAUUUCUGUGCAGCUUGAAUUCCGAGGGAGGGCUUUGUAGGGUCUGUGGCAGAAGAGUUCUGGGCUGUGGUUUUGAGGAAAUCGACCGUGAGGAGUACCUAGAUAGUGUGUCAGGGAAUAUCGAGGAGAUGUGCUUUGGAGUAAGCCACUGGGAGAAGAUAAGAACACCCCGGAUGCUCACAACGAUCCUCAGAUCCCUGUUCAAGCGACCUGGAUGCCUUGAAUGCUACAAGUGCUUGAGGUACUUUCCGAUAGAGGAGCAGGGUGAGAUGGAGGAUAUAGUUCUGAGAUUCCUGAGAUAUGCAGCCAGCAUACUGAGCAUCGGGAACAUCCAGGUGUCCCUCAGAAUGUUUCCGUUUAUAAGACACACGCCAAGAGUAGUCUUUUCUUAUUUCGUCAUUCUGUUUGAAGGUUUUCUAAAGUACUCUGGAAAUCUGUUUUUAAAGAACGUGAUAAGGAAUGUGUCGACGAGAAACAAGGCCAAGUUUAUGGGAGUAAGAGCGAUGAUAUUCGAGUAUUACCUGAAGGGAAGCAUAGAGUCUGCAUCUAGCACGGAAGAAAAUACAAAGAAUGAAGGCGGGAGUGGGGCGGUGGAGAACCCCGGAAGAAAGAGGGCUGACGAUCUUGGAGACCUAUUUGCUCCACUAUCCGAGUUCUUUGAUGAGGAGCGCAAGGCAUUUGUCAGAAACAACAUGUUCUACAUAUAUCCCAUCAUGUACUCAUUGUCGUUUCCUUACUACACUCCAGACCUUGCAUUCACCCAGGCCAAUAACCACUUUCUGAUUAUAUCGCUUUUCCUCCGUGGAGAGGAAAGCAGAAUAGACGAGAUUGGGUAUGGGAAGGACGAGCUGUAUCGAAUGGGUGUCGACGUGAUGAUUCCUCUGCUGUGCAACGGAUACUUUAAAUACGACGUGUUGUCAAGGUUCUUUGGAAAUGUCCAGGAAUACAUAAGGGCCCAUCUGCCAAAGUUCCUGUUUGCGUUGAAGAAAGUAUAUGUCGAAAGACCUUUUGAGUUUCGGGUAUGCGUAUUUAAGAUUCUGAAGUGCAUUAUAGAGGCUAUUUCGGGCAAUGUAAGGAUGCUGUUCAACUACCUGUUUCCGUUUGUCGAGUUUUUCAUGAGAAGUCACGAGGAAUCAUGCGGAACGGACUGCAAGAUGAUAUUCAUCGAAUACUACUCAUCGUUUUUUAAGAACGACUGUCUUGUCCGAAACAUGUCAAGGAUAUUUCCUUACCUGGACGCCGAGAAGAUAGCUCGGUGGAGCAAUGUGAAGAGUGAGGACGACUAUCUUGACAUAGUCAUUGGUCUUUUGGAUACCAGAGGGCAUUUUUCACAGGAAAUGGCGGCCAAGAAGGCGGUCGAACUUCUUGCAAGAGUAUUUGGAGAUCCGGGGAAGGGCAAGGGAUUUGAUGAGGAGAGCUUUGUGGAAAAUGUCCUUAGGCGAUUUUUUAAGAGUCGCGAGUUUAGGAUGAAGAUCGGAAAUGUCUAUGGAAAGCUUAAGGAGCUUGGAAACGAUGCUGCAUUCCUUAUUGGAUGUAUAUCCCAAGAGUUUUUGGAUGCAAACCCGCUUCCAUCUGUUUGCAGUGUUUUGAUUGAGGAGUGCACCCCGGAGGCGAUUGCCAGAGUGAUGGUUGAGAAAUAUCUGUUUGAGAUGGAUCCCGGAAAGCAGGAUCUUCACUUUUUCAUAAUACAGGAGACACUAAGGUUUAUUAAGGGGCCUCUGAGUGACAGGAUGGAAGAGGUUGUUGAGCAGUUUAGAAGCACACAGUACUUCUAUGAGUAUGUUCCUGUGCAUCCGGUGGAAGGGGUAUAUGAAAAAACCUAUACCUUUAAAAGGUUUCUUGGGAGGCUCUAUCGAUACUCCCUCAACGAAAUUGCAAAAAGUGAGAUGCAAGAGUACUUUAGCCUUCUCAAGUAUGGAAACCUGCUUGACACUCUGUUUCUGGAGUUUCACUGUUUGUGCCUGUGCAGGCUGCUUUUGGAGGCGGGAGACCACAAGGUCUUGGGCAUGGUUCGAGAAAUAGCCAACAACCUGCAGGAAGGGGUGGACAAGAGGAUUGCAAGGUUUGUGCUGAAGCUUCAUGGCUUUACCUCGGGGAAGCACAUAGAGGACCAACAGAUUCUCAGGAUAUCGUUUUUUCUCAAAGACCACCAUAAUGCAAUCCAGACUCUGGAGAAGAUGAUAAGGAAGGAGAGAAAAAGCGAGCUUUUUGAUCUUCUGCAGUACUGUUACUAUUCCAUCAAGGACUACGACAAAGUGCUGGGGAUAAACUCUGUGUUUGCACGUCCCAGCCUAAUAAACCUGUUUUUCAGGUUCUGUGUGGAUAAGAACUUUGCAGCGGCAAGGAGAUGCUUAGAGCCAAAGCCUGGGCACGAUGGAGUGAAGGAGGAGAGCGGAGAAGAUCAUAAAGGCCAGGCACCCCGAGAGCUGGACGUGAAGAUUUUGAUGGAGGAGAUUAUAGAUGAGUGCCAGGACGAUGAGGUUACAAAGUUCAUGAAUGACUGCAAGAAGAUAGAAGGAGACUUUUCUGAAUGGAAGAGGCUGGAAAGCAGAAACGAGGUUUUCAAGCACUUUAUAAAGGACUGCGAGCUUGUGUCCAAGAGCAAGAACCUACUGAAGACGCUUGACUUGAUAGCAGGAAGAAGAGAACUGGCUGGAGACAACAGGAUGCUUUUGGAGUGUCAUGAAAGUCUUGUGGCGAGCAUCAGAUCGAUGAUGGAUGCAAGAGAUGACAUGUCGUGUGAUGAAAUGUUUGAGUCUUUGCUCACUGCAGAGAAACAGGAUACGAUUGGGAAUUCAAGCCAGGGGCUGCACAGUAGGGAGUACUUCGACGACUUUGCAUCUGUGGAUAUGGUUCGGGCGGAAAGGCGCUCCGAAAGGAUAGGAUAUAUGGACAGAAGCAAGUCUGGAAGCACGAGCGGUUAUUCUUCGCUGGAAGAGUUCGAGAGGGAUCUGAAGCUUGCAAUUAUAAGAAACUAUAGGGGAGACGAUGACGUGGGGAGGUGCAUCCAAGAGAUUGGGGGGAUGCUACUCAAAAGAGAAUGGUGCGUACUAUAUGAGUUGGCAGAGCUGAAUGUUCUGCAGGGGAAGAUAGGGGAUGCAAAGACGUCUCUCAAAAAGGUUUUAGAGAUAUUUCCAAAGACAUCGAUGCUCUACAAAAAGGCCUUGAUAAGAUACUCUGAGCUUCUGGAUACAAAGACAGCAUAUACCUCUGCACUAUCCAUUUUGAAGGACUCUGGAAAGUUGUUCCUUCUUGGGGCUAAGAAGUUCGAGAGCACGGAGCCUGUCAAGGCAAUGGAGAUGUACAUAAACAGCGUCAUACAUGAUAACCAGUGCUCCGACGAGGCGGUUCCGAGGAUAUUCCAUCUGUUUUCUGAGAUGAUGCCCCCAGGAGACAUCAAUGCAGGUGCAGUCCUGCUCAAGAAGUUCCUUGAGUCCAGUAUCUCUCUGCUUCCUCCGUAUUACAACCAAAUUCUUUCGAGACUGAGCCAUCCCAACCAAGACGUGGCGAAUGUGGUGUCCAGGAUAGUCUUCGAGCUCAUGGAGAACUACCCAAGCAAAACAUUUUGGAGGUCCCUGAUCAUGAUGAACUCCCAGGUUCCAAGUACAAGAAAGCGCAUGGAGGGCAUUGUUUCUGGGCUUACACUCGACAACAAGGUGGCUCUGUCCAAUGUCAAAAGGAUAUCCGAGGAGCUGACGUGCAUAUCGAGAUCAAAGAAGAACGAGCUGACUAUGGAAGAGGAUUUUCCUGCAUUUGCUAAGAUGUUUCCUGCAGGCGUCACUGUUCCAAACACCAAGGUGCUGAUCAGCGGGGUUCGCAACGAGGUGAAGGUUUUCAACUCUCUCCAGCGCCCCAAGAGAAUAUGCUUUGUAGGAAGCGAUGGAAAGAACUACUACUGGCUUUGCAAGAACCAGGACGACCUGAGGAAGGACAGCCGGUUUAUGGAUCUGAACCUCAUAAUCAACAGCAUACUCAAGAAGCAGAGCAGCAGAAAAUACAUCAGGACCUAUGCUGUGAUACCAUUCAGUCAUGAGAGCGGCAUUAUAGAAUGGAUUGGUGGGCUGAGCUCGCUCAAGGCCAUAUGCGACACCUAUUAUGCAAGAGACGGAAUAUCGAUAUCGGAAACGGCAUGCAGGUUUGUGCACAACAAGAAGAUAGGAAUGCGGGAGUGGCACAGGGUCGCCUCGAAGUUUCAUCCAAAGUUCCACCUCUGGUUUCACGACAGCUUUCCCCAUCCAUUCAGUUGGUUAGUUGCUAGAAACAACUACACCCAGACAUAUGCGAUAAUGAACAUUGUGGGGUGGUUCAUGGGGCUAGGCGAUAGACAUGCAGAGAAUAUCCUUUUUGAUUCAAAUACCGGCGACACCGUUCAUGUCGAUCUGAACUGCAUCUUUGGAAAGGGAAAAGAGCUUCAGGUUCCAGAAAGAGUCCCGUACAGACUCACACAGAAUAUCGUGGAUGCAUUUGGGGUGCUUGGGCUGGAGGGCUCAUACAACACCUCCCUCUGCACAACGCUCGACCUGUUUCUCAAGAAUAAGAACAUCCUGGUCUCAAACCUCCUAUCCUUUGUCUAUGAUCCUCUGUUUGAGUGGAGAAGAAAGUCUGCAACCACCCCAAAGAAGAUCAUCGAGGACCUAUGGCACAAGAUGGACGAUUUAGAUGCCUGCAGUAAGUGUGACGUAUUGAACGAAGAGGCAACGAACGACGAAAACCUAUGCAUGAUGUAUAUUGGAUGGCUUCCAUUCAUCUGA